GUCCCCUCCUCUCCGUUUUCCCCGCCCUCCUCCCCCCCGUUCGACCUCGAAAUGACCACCGUACCCUUCUCCGACGAUGGCAUCGGCAUUGCCAACCUGCCCAACCAGAGGCACAAGAUUGUCGCCAAGCGGGGGGCGCACUUCACGGUCAUGGUCGUUGGCGAGUCGGGUCUCGGAAAGACUACGCUCAUCAACACGCUCUUCUCGACCGAGCUUUCGCCGUCGAAGAACUACACUAAGCGGCACCAGAAGCAGCUCGACAAGCUGACUGAGGUCGAGAUCAUCAAGGCCGAGCUUGAGGAGAAGCAGUUCAAGACGAAGCUCACCGUGAUCGACACGCCCGGGUUCGGCGACUACGUCAACAACCGCGACUCGUGGACGCCGAUCGUCGACUUCAUUGACGACCAGCAUGAAGCGUACAUGCGUCAGGAGCAGCAGCCGCAGCGCCAGGAGAAGAUUGACCUCCGCGUGCACGCGUGCUUGUACUUCAUCCGCCCGACGGGACACACUCUCAAGCCCCUGGACAUUGAGAUCAUGAAGCGCCUGGGUACCCGCGUCAACCUGAUCCCUGUCAUCGCCAAGGCAGACACCCUGACGCAGAACGAUCUGUUCACCUUCAAGCAGCGCAUCCGCCAAGUUAUCCAAGCGCAGGGCAUCCGCAUUUACCAGCCGCCCAUUGAGGCCGAUGAUGAGGUUAGCGCCGACCACGCGCGCGUCCUUCUCGAGGCCAUGCCGUUCUCCAUCAUUGGUUCGACCGAGGACGUCACAACGUUGGACGGCCGCGUCGUGAAAGGUCGCGAAUACCUGUGGGGUGUUGCCGAGGUUGAGAACGAGAACCACUGCGACUUCCGGAAGCUGCGGUCGCUGCUCAUCCGCACGUACAUGCUCGACCUCAUCUCGACGACGGAGGACUUGCACUACGAGAACUACCGGCAGGCGCAGAUGGAGACGCGCAAGUUCGGCGAGCAGAAGCCGCGCAAGUUCGAGAACCCCAAGUUCAAGGAGGAGGAGGAGGCGCUCCGGAAGCGGUUCACCGAGCAGGUCAAGGCGGAGGAGGCGCGGUUCCGCCAGUGGGAACAGCACCUUAUCGCCGAGCGCGACCGGCUCAACAAGGACCUCGAGCUCGCGCACAGCGCGAUCAAGGCGCUCGAGGCGGAGCUCGACAACCUGCAGGUUGGCUACGGGCGCGGCACUGGCAGGCGGUGAGGCGUCGGCCCCCUAGCGCCGCGUGCUUUGGGCGCGGUGCCGCUGCCAAAAGAGUUUUCGUAUGAUACCCCGACUCGCGUCCACUCGUUAUACAAUAUCUGCUUGUUGUCCCUCCUCCUCUCGCCCUCCGCUCCCGGUGGGGGCGUUCGUGUUCUGCGUACCUACUACUAUUGGAUUGUCGUCGCUCCUUUGUGCCUACUUGCCGUAUAUCCCCGUACCCGAUGGAUGAUAUAUUAAUGUUCUUCAGUACGCACCUAUCAUGCUCGGUCCUCGUCGCCCGGCAACCGUUCCCCUUUUGAACCUCUAACGUCG